CUUUGUUCCUGUAUAAUAAUUAAUCAAAACAGUAACGGUUUCUCUCCUUCUCCUUCUCUCUCUCUCUCUCUCUCUUGCCCAGACUCUGACUUCUUUCAUUCUUCUUCUUCUUCUUCUUCUUCCCCAUCCCUUGUACAUAUACAUAUACAUAUCCAUAUCCAUAUACCUAUUCUAAUCAUGUCCAAAUCUUCCUAUUCCAUGCCCCCGGGUGAAGAAAGACAUUACAAUGUCCCAACUUCAAGACCUAAUUCCAUGCAACAGAAACUAGCCCUCAUGCAACAACAACAACAACAGUACAAUGUCAAACCCAUCACCAUUCGUCCAAACUCAAUGUCUCUUCCUUUUGCUGGUCUCUCUCAUCAACAAACACAAUCCAAACUCUCUCAAUGGCUUCAUUUUGGCCAACAAAAGUUCCUCAAACUCAAACGUCUACACAGGAUACGAACCAGACGUGGUCUCGAACGGAAUUGGUAUCAAGUCAGCACCGCUCUCUUCUUGAUCCUCUCUCUCCUUCUUCUCACUCACCUUCUUGGAUCCAUCAUCGGUUUUGGCUUCAGUUUUGGCUCCCUACCCUUGUUCUCGGGAUCGAGAGAUCGAUUAGGUCCCAGGAUGAAGGAGACACUUCAGGCAUUAGAGGAACUUCAAUACAUGACCAAUUCUGGUGUCAUUGUCACACUUGACAAAAAUAAACUUUAUUCCGGUGUCAGAAGAGCUAGACUCUACCAGGGGUCAAGGAUCCGAAGGCAGAUCAUGGAUUUCCAAAAGGAUCCUGUCAUCAAAGUCGUCGAUAAUGAUUGCCUGGAUGAAGCCUUGAAGCUGAAACGACUGGGCUUUAAACCAAUUGUCCUCGAUAUGGCCAAUCGUGAAUUUCCAGGUGGAGAUUACAGAGCUGAUGGCACCACACAAGAAGCAGGACUCUUUCGUAGGACAAACCUUCAUCAGUGUUUGGACACAGAGCCAAGGCGGUCUGAAUUUUAUCCGUUGCCAAGUCAAGGAGCUGUUUACUGUCCCAACAUGGUCGUCCUCAGGAGAUCAAUCAAGGAUAAUGAAGCAUUUAUGGAGCGUCCAGAAUGGAUGAGUUUCCUGGCCAUGGCACCACUCAGGAACCCUCCACUUGUUCCAAAUGAAGCAAAUGAAAUGGUCUUGGGAGAAAGAGCCGUCAUUAUCACAAAGAAAAAGAUCCAGAAUAUGUUUCGCAUCGCCCUCGAUAAUGGACAUGAUGCUAUUGUAUUAUCUGCAUUUGGAUGUGGGCGUUUACAUAAUCCACCUGAAUCAGUAGCAAUGAUAUUCAAGGAGGUGAUCAAAACCAAUUACAUGGGUGGUGCGAAACAAGGGCGGACAUUUGGUACGAUCGUCUUUGCUAUCACUUCAUACAAAAGCCUGGAUAGCGAUGUAAGUGAUACCUACAACUACGACACCUUUAAGCGUGUUAUGGAGGCUCCAGAUGAGAUCCCACCAACGUCCAAAGAGAUGGAGCUUUAAUCAAAAGAUAUACGCAUACAAUAAUAUAUAUAUAAUAAUAUAAUACAAAUAAAAACCCC